AUGGAAAUCAAGCACCCACGUCGUAUUCUUGUACUAGGCAAACCAGAUUGCGAUAUUUCUCGCGUGGUCAAAGGCUCAUCUAUUGCGACAGAGCUGACCGGUUCCGCACCUACUCCCGACACCUCGACCGGCUCUCUCGCCGGCAUAACACAUGAAUGGACUCUCAAAACCGCAUAUUAUACAGCCGCGAUACCCCUUUGGAUUGACGAGAUCGGUGACGUCGAAGCCUGGACCGCCGAGUUCCUAAAGCCCGAAGCAAAAGAAGUUGUGCAAGCACUGGGAGGCUGGAUAUACUGUUUCGAGAAUGGCAAGAAAGAGGAUGGCGAUGAAGUCACAAUAUCCGAGGAGGUGGAGAAGACGAUGAAGGCUGUUAGCGACGUGGUGGAAAGAGCUUGUGGUAUGAUGUGGGAUGGUACAAGACUUGCCAUCGACCUCACACCGACAAACAAAGACAAGGCUACCGUUGUAGUAGAAGAACAGUGUCUGGAUCUUGGAUUUGAGUACAUCCACAUUGAUGCAGAGGGCAAGAAUGAGUAUGGAGAAAAGCUAGGAUUGGAAAGAGCGAAAGAGGCACUUGAAGCAAAUGAGUGGUCUUCUUCCGCAGCCGAAGAUGAAGAUGAAGAUGUUAUUGGAGGCAUGGAUGACGAACAGGCGCAGAUGAAUGCUGAGCUAUGGGGUUUGAAGGCCUCAUUACUCGAUCCAGACAACGGAGGCGACGAGGACGAGGGAAGUGCUUUCCAGCUUGAGGGGAUGGAGCAAAUGAUGAGUCAGUUGAUGGCCAUCAAAGAAACUACGGCUGGAAUGCCAGAGAAUGAACGGAAGAGGUAUGCUGCACGAGCUGUUGACGACCUCAUGAAGGACUUUGUCUAG